AUGCCACCACGUACCAGCAGACGACGCAGGCAGAAUCAGGAUUGGACGCAGGAUCCUACCCAAGGUCAAUCUGAAAGGGGAUCUAGUACCCCGAGAGGUCAGAAUGAGGUAGGGAGUGAGCGAUUUGCUAGAUCUGCACAUGAGAUCGGUAGGCCAGAGAAAGUAGGGCCUAGUGAUCCGGAAAAGAUGUAUGGGAUCGAACGGUUAAAGAAAUUAGGAGCCACGGUGUUUGAGGGUUCCACGGAUCUAGUUGACGCCGAGGUCUGGUUAAAUAUGCUGGAGAAAUGUUUCGACGUAAUGAGUUGUCCUCAGGAGCGAAAAGUCAGAUUAGCCACAUUUCUGUUACAGAAAGAGGCCGAGGGAUGGCGGAAAUCCAUUAUAGCCAGGUACAAUGAUGCACGUACGUUAGAUUGGCAGACGUUCAGAGGCAUAUUUGAGGAAAAGUAUUAUCCCACCACAUAUUGUGAGGCAAAGAGAGAUGAGUUUCUGGAGCUGAAACAAGGGUCACUUUCAGUUGCCAAGUACGAGAGGAAGUAUACCGAGCUUUCACGGUAUGCUGAAAUGAUUGUGCCAUCUGAGAGUGACUUGUGUUGCAGGUUUGAGAGAGGGCUACGUUUUGAGAUACGUGCCCGAGUGACCGCUAUUGCCAAGUGGACGAAUUUUUCCCAACUAGUAGAGACUGCUUUACGUGUGGAGCAGAGUAUUGUAGAGAAAAAGUCGGCAAUGGAGCUUCGUCGAGGAGUUUCAACAACUAGUGGUAUUCGAGGUCGAGAGCAAUGGAGGUUCACACCUAGAGUGAAUGUUUCAGGUUGUCAAGACUUCAAGCGUCGAUCGGGUGGUAAACCAUUAAGGCAGAUGAGUUCAGGUAGUGCUUAUCAGAGACAGAGUCAGAGAGCUUCCAGUCAGUCUGCGAACUCAGUAGCAAGAUCGCGGACGGGUCAGGAGGCUGUUGCUAGUGAAUCCAGGAGAACCCUAUGUGUAAGUUGUGGCAAGAGUCAUCGGGGUCAGUGUCUUAUUGGCGCCGGUGUGUGUUACCAGUGUGGACAAAUAGGACAUUUCAAGAGGGAUUGUCCACAGCUGAGAGUAGUAGUUCGGAGGGACCAGGGAGUUGAGUCCCACACAGUUGAGCAACUGAGAAUCUCAACAGCCCCAUGGGAGGGAACUAGUGGUGCAAGACAAAAGGGAGUUGUGGGGAGACCUAGGCAGCAGGGAAAAGUCUACGCCAUGACUCAACAGGAAGCAGAGGAUGCACCAGAUGUGAUCACUGGUACGAUUUUGAUUUGUGAUGUACCUGCACGUGUUUUAAUAGAUUCUGGCGCUACGCAUUCCUUUGUUUCUAUGGAAGGUCUAAGCAUGUUGGUGGAUCUUCUUCCUCUAGAGUUGCAGGCAUUGGAUGUAAUUCUGGGAAUGGACUUCUUAUUCACUCACUAUGCUUUGAUGAAUUGCCAUAGGAAAGAGUUGUUGAGGAAAGGUUGCACAGUGUUUCUUGGGCACGUGGUUGAGGUGCAAAAAGAAAAGUUGAAACCAGAAGAUGUUUCUGUCGUGAAUGAAUAUCUAGAUGUUUUUCCGGCUGAUUUAUCGAGUUUGCCGCCUGAUAGAGAAGUGGAAUUCACUAUUGAAUUGUUACCAGGAACAACACCUAUUUCACAGGCACCAUACAGAAUGGCUUCGAGCGAGCUUAAGGAGCUGAAGAAGAAAGAUGGUACCCUAAGAUUAUGCAUUGACUACAGGCAGUUAAACAAGGUCACGAUACGUAACAAGUACCCUCUACCACGCAUCGAUGACUUGUUUGACCAGUUAAGGGGAGCAGUAGUGUUCUCUAAGAUUGAUAUGAGAUCAAGAUACCAUCAGUUGAGGGUUAGGGAAUUAGAUAUUCCUAAGACAGCAUUUAGAACGAGGUAUGGGCACUAUGAGUUUUUAGUAAUGCCAUUCGGUUUAACGAAUGCGCCAACAUUUUUUAUGGACCUCAUGAACAGGAUCUUUCAUCAGUAUUUAGAUCAGUUUGUGUUAGUGUUCAUCGAUGACAUACUAGUUUACUCAAUGGACAAAAAAGCCUAUGAGGAACAUCUGAGGAUUGUUCUACAAACACUGCGUGAUAAAAAAAUAUACGCCAAGUUCAGCAAAUGUGAGUUCUGGUUGAAUCAAGUGGUGUUCUUAGGGCAUGUGGUUUCAGCGGGCGGAGUUAGUGUUGAUCCGCAGAAAGUGGAAGUUGUUGUCAAUUGGGAGAGACCAGCUAGUGCAACAGAGGUACAUAGUUUCCUAGGCCUGGCCGGAUACUACAGACGUUUUGUUGAGGAUUUCUCACGAUUAGCAUUACCCUUGACAGCUCUAAUAAGGAAGAAUGCCAAGUUUGAGUGGUCGGAUAAGUGUGAACAAAGUUUUUAG